UGGUUGCUACAGAGAAUGUUAUGCUUCGUUGUCGGUUGCAAUAGUUUUUUUUCUGGUGUUGGUGGGGUUGACAUGGGGUGUCUUAAACUUAUCCAGUUGUUUUGUUGUAAUGUUUGAGAGAAGUGGUUGUUUAUAGUGGUCUGUGGUCUAAUGCGCAAGGUAGUUAAACGUGGCAAGAGAUCAGCCUAAUGAGAGAAAACUGUUUUAGCAUUGUUUUUGAUCUAUCAGAAUCACGUAGUGUGCCGUUGUUUUCAGCCCCUACUGCUAUCACCGAAAGGAAAAUACUUUAUGUUAAAGAUGUAUACAGUACGUUGUGUUUUUAAUUGCGAAUGAUGCCAGGCGUUUUAUGUUGACCUUAAUUUUUUUCAUGCUUGGAAGAAUUUAACGUAUUUGCGCUUUGUAAAGAGCUAUCAGAUUUCGUCUCGGUUUUCUUAACCGAAUCUUAAUCAUAGAUUAAUUUUCUAAACCCCUCACCCUUUCUUAAAAAAAGGUAAUGAUUUUUUGGGGGGGAGGUCAGAGUAGCACUAUUGUGUAGUUACUGAAUUGUUAUUGCAACAGUUGUACAGUUUUUUUAUACCUGUCAGCCAAAUCUACGAUUUCCUCGCUGCCUGCUUUUGAGACCUGGACAAGCCCAUCACUGACAAUUUUACCAUUUCCUCCAAAUGUUCUGCCUUCCUGGAACAGACAUCAUUGGCAUCUUCAAGGUGUGUGAGGAUGCACACUGCCCGCAGCCCCCCAUCUCUACCUGGUAAUGCCUCUGUGGGUGCAGGCGACGCGCUGGAUCUCAGCCUCACUGGUUCUCAGCUCUCUGUGUCCCGCCGGCCCAGCAGUGCCUUCCAAGCCAAGCACUUCUCCCGCUCCGUCUCCCUCGCCUGCGACGGCAAGGGCAAGCGCAAUGCCCUGACUGAGGCUGGACUGGCUAGCACUCGCUCCAUUAAGAACCUGCGCAGAUCUAACAGCACUACCCAAGUCAACCAAAGACCCAACACCUCUGUCAGUGAGGACCAGUCGGAUGAUUUCCUGGCUUUGUUUGACAGCAGUUCAGAUGGCAGAAGGAAGCUUGCCAGCCUCAGCAAAGCCUCCCCAGACCGCACCACUUGGAACAUCUUGGAUGACCAGCCUCGAGCCUUCCCUACACCUGGCAGUGCUCGCAGUACCAGCACCGUGGACUCCCCUGUGGGUAUGAAGAAGAGAGAGGCUGGUAUCGCUCUGGCUGCCAACUUCACAGCCAACAACAGGAGCAACAAAGCAGCAGUGGGGAACUCUGUUACCACAAUCCUCCACAAUAACCACUCUGACAAGACAUUCACCCCAAAGAGCUCCAACCAGAAGCCAUCCCUCAAUAAUAUUAUCAAGGCCACAGUCCAUGAUGAGGGCAGUCUUGAGAAUGGGUCCUUGACCAAGUCCCAGAAGAACUUCUCCACCAAUAACAACAUGGCACUCGGCAGCCCCACCCACCUGAGGAGACAGGAGGUGACGGAGGAGGAGGCUGAAAGGUUUAUCCAACAGGUGAACCAUGCAGCGGUGACCAUCCAGCGUUGGUACCGACGACAUGUGCAGAGGCAGCGCGCGGGUGAGGCGGCAUUGAAACGGCUUCUUGCCACCAAGAAAAGGGAAAGGGAACAGAAGGCAGAGGAAGGGAAGACCCAGGAAAAGAAGAAAGAGGAGGACCGGAAACAAAUUCGGCAGGAGAAGGCUCGAUUGGCAAGGCGAGCUGCUAUACAGGAGCUGCAGCAGAAGCGCGCUCAGCGGGCUGCAGAGGCCCAGCGUGUGGCAGAGGAGGAGCUUGAGGCUAUGAGGCAGAGUGGAAAGGUGGGCCGAAAGAAGCCCACAAAGACGUCUCCUAGCAACAGGAGCAGCAGCUCAGCCAGCGACAUCAAGACAAAAAACACAGAUGCCAAUGUGAAUGUUCCAGCUGAACUCGAUGACAUUUCCAACCUGCGAGCUGGAUCCCCUACAGACUCCCCCGGAAGAGGGUCUCAGUGCUCACAGCAGGAACUUUUACAUAAAAGAAUGAGCCAAGAGGAGCCGCAACAGGGGGCACCAUCAAGCAUAGCCCAGUCUAAAACCACAUUGAAUGACCUCCUGGACACUCUCAAACUGCUGGAAGAGGAGCCUGAGAAACUGCCCGAGCCCAAGAGCUACAGGAAGGACAAGUACUCCUGGAUUGAUGAGGAUGUAGACAACUCCCUGACACUAGACAAUUUGGAACGCCAUGGCAAGCUGAGUCAGCCUGCUGCCCUACCUGAUGGGGGCGCUCUGCUGUCAGAGGCCAAGCUGCAGAGCAUCAUGAGCUUCUUGGAUGAAAUGGAGAAGUCUGAGCAGGAGCGGCCACGGUCGGUCACUUCAGGAUCACACCGCGAGGUGUUGCUUUCUGAAGAGGAGCUCGCUGGGGUGGAGCAGGCCUCAGCCACUGCUGCAGAGGUCACAGGCUCCAUGAUGAGGCUGAAGCUGGAGCUGGAGGAGAAGAAACGGACCGUCAACAUGCUGCAGACAGCACUGGCCCAGCAGCGAGAGUUGACAGUUCGUCAUACCAAGGAGACAGAGAAGGAGCUGAAUCGCAGCUUCCAGCUGCAGAAGGAGCAGUAUGAGGCCACCAUCCAGAGACACCUGGGCUUCAUAGACCAGCUUAUUGAUGAUAAGAAGGCUUUGAGUGAACGCUGUGAGGGGGUGAUCAAUGAGCUCAAGCAGGUGGACCAGAAGUACACAAAGAAGAUUGCCCAGAUGCAGGAACAGCACGACCUGGUGUGGCACAUUCUGGGUCCCUUGUGUGAGGAGAUUAAAAAGCUGAAAGAGCUGAUGAGCGCCACUGAGAAGAUACGAAGAGAGAAAUGGAUUGAUGAAAAAACCAAGAAAAUAAAAGAGAUCACAGUAAAAGGGCUGGAGCCAGAGAUCCAAAAGCUAAUAGCGAAGCACAAGCAAGAACUGAAGAAGCUGCGCGCCGUCCAUGAGGCCGAGCUGUUGCAGGCAGAUGAGCGAGCUGCCCAGAGAUACGUACGACAGAGCGAGGAGCUCCGCCAGCAGCUCGAGAAGGAGAGGGAUGAACAGUGCCAGAGAGAGAGGGAGCUUGCCAAGCAAAGGUAUGAAAAGCAGCUGCAGGAGGAGGAGCAGUCCCUGCAGCAACAGCGGAGGCGUCUGUACAGUGAGGUGGCUGAGGAGAAGGAGAGACUGGCACAGCUAGCUUCCAGGCAACGUGCUGAACUGGAGGAGCUGAGGAGGCAGCUGGAGGAAAACAGCUCCCUGGCAGGACGGGCACUGCGAGAGGAGUUUGACAAGGCACGUGACGAACAGGAGAGGAGGCACCAGGCCGAGAUGAAAGCCCUGAAAGAGCGGCUGGAGAUUGAGAAGCAGGCCUGGGAGGAGAACUACAUGAAGAAGGAGGAGGCGUGGCUUUUGAGCCGAGAACGUGAGCUGAAGGAGGAGGUGCGUAGGGGGCGGGAUAAAGAGAUCGAGCUGGCCAUUCAAAGGCUGGAGGAGGAGACCAGUGGCGCCAGGGAGGAGUGUGAGAGAACUGCUGAGAACCGGGUGAAACGCGCGCGGGAGAAGUAUGAGGCUGAGCUGCGGGAGCUUGAGCGCUCCGAGAGGAGCCUGCAGGACAGGAACAACGAGCUGAAGAAGCGUCUAGGGGAGCUGGAAGGAGAGGUCAUCCGCCUGCAGGGACUCCUUCAGCAGAAAGAGCAGGAGGUGCAAGACAUCACCCAGAUCAGAGACAAGCUGGCAGAAGAGAGGCGCAGCUUGGCCGAAGUGAUCCGGCAGGAGUUCGCUGACCGGCUGGUUGCCACAGAGGAGGAGAACCGCCGGAUGAAGACGGAGGUGUCGGAGACGAGGGCGCGGCACCGGCUGGAGGUGGAGCGGGUGACCCGUGAGAAGGAGGAGGAGUUGGCUGAAGUGCAUCAGAGGGUGAAGGCAGCCAUCCUGAAGAAGGAGGAGACUGUCAAUAACUUGCGAAAGCAGUAUGAAGCUGCACUGAAGAGAGCAGAUCACUUGGAGGCUUUGUUGGAGCAGCAGAGGAAACAGCUUCUUGGCAAGUGAGAAAAGAGGACAGUGUCUGCUUACGUCACCGUACCAUCUGACCAAAGGGAGAUUUUCUUUCCUCCCCUAAUGCGCAAAGUGCAUGGACCUUCACAACUACAGUUAAAAGAGCUUCAUCACUCAGUGUGGGACACUUGUUCUGUUUGUGAUGAGUUACAGGAAGUCCGAACUCUGCACAGAACGAUGCUGGAAGGCGGUCUUGAGGGAAGCUAUCCUUGGUAGUUAAAUACGAUACAACUCUAUUUUCCUGUAGCUGAAGCAGGAAAUGGAAAAAGUGCGCUUUCCACUGAAGUGUGGCGGAAACAGCAUGUGCUUAUAAAAACGUAUCAUGGGCUAUCAUCCCAUGAUAUACCCUGCAAAUUCUGUUUUAAGUUUGAAGCAUUCUUCUUUUUUUGGUUUCAUCUCUUCAACAUGACGUGUCAGUGCAGUCUGCUUCUCCAGAUUUCCACAGCAGUUUAGUGCCAUUAUUAAACUUUCACAGAUAAAGUUUUGGUUUGGUUAUUGUGAAGAUUUGCAGUGCUUUGGUUUAAAAAUAAGCACAGUAUGUCUCGGAAGUUUUUGUCAGCUUUUAAAAGUCUUGACACGUUUCCCACAAUUACGAUUAUUUUGGAGCAGCCUAACUCUCCAGUUCAUUAGGGGAGUUUCUUACCAACAUAGGAAGACUUCUGUAGCUUUCUCUACAGCGUUAAUGGAAGAAUUUAAUGUUCUGUCCCCCAUUGCUGUUUUAUUUAUAAAGGGAGGUAUGAAGGUUAUUUAACCUGUGGCCCUUCCCACAAUUUUAUUGCACUCAUUUCCUUAAUUAUUUAAUUGCUAAUUAGCAGGAUUAGUCUAGCAAUUAAGCCAGUUGUAUGUGUUGGUGUGGUUUGGAAAGGGCAUAAAUAGAGUAGCCCUGAUCUGUAAAUCGUUACGGUUUUGUAGUGCAACAACUUUUUAAAUCUUUUUAAAGUUAUGAGGUGUUGAAUGAAUAUAAACUGUUGUACAGUUACAAUAAGUGAUGGAAAAGCAAAAGCUGGGAAGAGAAGGAAAAGGUUUAGGAAGUGUUGAUAUUGGAUAAGGAAAGAAGGGAAUGAAACAGUUAAUUCUUUUGCAAAGAGCAGGAAAAAUCUCAAGAGCCUCAGCACAGACCCACUCAUAGCAGUUAUGAGUUCAUCUCAGCAAUUCACCGACGCACUGAAGCUGUUAUAAAUAUGGUCUUUCUUCCCAACAUGUUUUUGUAACUGGACCUAUAAUUGUUUAUUAGGUUUACGUGGUGCACUCUUACAUGAAUGCAAAAUCACCGUGCAACACUGCACAAACAAAUCCACAUACCCUUUUUCUGUACGCUGUACCUUUGUUACUGAUUAAGACUUCCAAGCACAACAAGGUAACAACUGUUAGACGCUGUCAUCCACAACCACCAUUCCUAGAAGGCAUAAAAUGUGAAUGUUACAGACACGGCUGUCUUGUUUUACUGCUUUCCAUACUGUAAACCUUCAUUAUAACUAAAUGUUAAGCCAAGUGUUUUCCGAGACAAUGACUGUGAAGACUUAAAGAAAUUGUCACUUUUUUUAAAGCAUAAUGAAAUUGCCUUUUCUCUUCAACUGUAUUGUUGUUCUGAGCAACAUGUAGUGCAGUGGGAGGAAAUGAAAAAGUCUUUGUUUC